AUGGAGGCUAGGAAGUUUGAAGUAGUGAGAUUUAUAUCGCGUGGGAAGUACUCUCUUGUCUACGAGGUAGGCUACACACAGGGCAACGACAAUAUCACCAGCACGACGUGGGCACUGAAGCGGUACUACCUGCAAAACGACUCCUCCAUUCAAUGUGCUCUUCGAGAGCGGAACAUACUUGUGCGGAUUGCUCGGGCAAGGAAGCAAUCGCCAUUCGUAGGAACCUUGUUGGAGAGUCUACGCAUCUGUGGUUCACCUGCUCUAGUUCUGCGUAAGGGAUGUGGCUUCGAUCUGCGAGAUCUCAUUGAAAUCAUUGGCCUUCUCAGUGAGAAGGAGGCACGUUUUUAUGCCUGUGAAGUUAUCAGUGGUUUGGAGCAUCUUCACUCCAUCGGAAUCGUGCAUUUGGAUGUGAAACCGAAAAACACACUCCUCGAUGACUCGGGUCACGUCUUCAUCACAGAUUUCGACAGCGCAUACGACAUGACUGCUGCGACAGGAGCGCCAAGACGUAUUGAUUUUGGUGGAACACCUCUCUUCAUGGCACCGGAGGUGAGGCACAAAGUAGACAUUACCACGAAGGCGGAUGUGUGGAGUCUGGGUAUCCUCGUGGCCGUCAUUAUUUACAAGCACGUCUCCGUACGCGAUUGGCUGCUUUCAGGUGAACUCAUGUUAGGCCAUGUGCCACGCGCCACCACGUGCCUUAAAGAGUUCUUCAUAGCCUGCCUCAGGCAAGAUUAUACAACACGAAUAGAUAUUCUAGGUGUAAAGUGCCUUGACUUCUUCAAAGGAGUUGAAUGGGAUGAGGUAGCAAGCCUCAAGCUAAAACCUCCCGUCCUACCGUGGAAGCUGAAAGUUGUCGACAGCAAGGACAGUGGCAGACAUGAUCCGCACGAUCCUAUCAUUCUCGCUGCCGCCUACAGCCAACAUAUGCCCCUGGCUGAUGCGCGUCUGCAAGCUAUAUACGACAAGCAUGGAGGGCGUCGAUCAAUGAGGGUGCCAGAAAAUAACAAGGAGAUCUUAAAACACACGUUGACAUCUGAGAGGAUUAAUGAGUUGUUUACCGACUUCGACUUCACAAAUCCUCACCCCCUUCCAUCCACCCAUGCCGAGGAUGCGAAUUCGACUGCCAAUGGCGAUCAAUGCGUGCCCUCCGAAGUGGAGCAAGGCAAUCCGGGUGGCUGUUCUUCAAAUUCAAGAUGCUGCGGCUGA